AUGAUCCCUGACCAUCUGGUCAUCGAUAAUAUACUCCCGAGAUUGCCGUCGAAUUCUUUAGCUCUAUGUCGUUGCGUCUCGAAGCUUUGGUCGUCGAUGAUUCGCCGUCCAAAUUACGACCUAUUGUUCCCGGUCAAGUCUCCGGCUCCACCGCGGCUCCUUUGGGCCGUGGAAGAUGCAGGAGAUCUGUUAAUCUGCUCUUCACCUCAGCCACAAAAUCUUGAUCAGAAUUUUUCUCUAGAUAUCACUCUUCACCAUACACAUUCCAGCAAAGAUUUCUACAAAUUAUGUCGCCCUGUUGGCGGAUUGAUCUGUCUUCAACAUAUUGAAAAGGAACAUAUUGAGAAGGACCAUACCUUUGCUGUGAUUUGUAAUCCAAUCACAGGAGAGUCUUUAACCUUACCCAAACAAAGAAAGGAGCGGAUCAAGUCAGAGUGGAAAGAUGGAAAAGCAGCAUAUUCUUUUGGCUAUGAUCCAAUCGACAAACAGUUCAAGGUAUUAUGUGUUACUUGGUCGUAUCGCGGCUCGCAGAACUGGCCCGGUCAGUAUCAAGUUCUCACGUUAGGGACCGGCAAAGAAAAUCUCUUGUGGAGAAAGAUCCAAUGUCACACGAGCCAUUAUGCCCUAGAAGAUAAUGGGAUAUGCAUCAACGGUGUUUUGUACUAUCCAGCGAAGACAUUUAGUGGAAACUAUACAGUUGUUUGCUUUGAUGUUAGGUCUGAGAAGUUUAGUUUUAUUAACAUUGCUCAAGAGUUGGCAACAAAGAUGGACAAGCCUUUCGUUCUGGUAGACUACAAGAGUAAGUUAGGUGCUGGGGUUGAAUAUGUUCGUGAGGGUCAUUUCGAGCUGUGUGUUUUAGAUGAUGCCGAGGAACAUAGAUGGUCAAAGAUGAAGCAUCUUGGACCGAUACACUUUGUUAAAAAGUCUGAGAGAGCCGCGGCUGUGGUGUGCCCACAGUACUAUGUCAAUGGGCCUUUCUACUUUUUUUGGGGAGAUCUUGAGAUUAACAAACAAAUCAGAGUACGCGUCGAGUUUCUAGAUCUGGAAGCGUGUUGUAGAGUUCACACGUUUUCAAACUUUGUAGAGGAUGAAAAGCUUAUGUAA